ACUCAUUUUGGUAUUGCUCUACUGCUUCUUGCUUGCAGGUUGCCUUGCCUUUGCAUGGGUAUUUAUAGAUGAAGAAACCAACUACCCAUGCAAGUUUUCUUCACCUCAUUAAAUGAGGUUUGUUUGCCAUGGUUGAAAUUACCAUGCAAACAUUCAACAAGGGCUGCUAUAGCUUGCAGCCUUUGAGCUGUAGGACGGUAGAAAUUUUCAAGUGGGCUGGAACUGGACGCUUCUGCCAACUCCACGACGCCUUUAUGAAGACAGGAGCAUCUGCUGCUAAGCAUCCCACUCCACACGAGAAGCAAAGAAAAAUGAGCUUUCAAACUCCAUUCUGCGGUUUUAUUUUUCUCUUCCUUACUGUCCUCCCCUCUUUCACAUCCCCUACCUUGUUAUUUCAGGGAUUCAAUUGGGAAUCUAGCCAAAAGCAAGGAGGAUGGUACAAUUCCCUCAAGAACUCUGUUUCCGACAUUGCUGCUGCCGGAAUCACUCAUGUCUGGCUUCCUCCUCCCUCCCAAUCUGCUGAUUCCGAAGGAUAUUUGCCUGGGAAGCUCUAUGAUCUGGAUGCAUCCAAGUACGGAUCACAGGAUGAAUUGAAGUCACUUAUUGGAGCACUUAGUGAGAAGGGUGUCAAAUCUGUGGCCGACAUAGUCAUAAACCACAGAACAGCGGCCAAAAAAGACGGUCGAGGACAAUGGUGUAUUUUCGAAGGCGGAACGCCCGACGACCGCCUUGAUUGGGGCCCAUCCUUCAUUUGCAGAGACGACGCUCCUUAUGCUGACGGAAAUGGAAAUCCCGAUUCCGGCGAGGACUAUCCGGAUGCCCCGGAUAUUGACCACCUCAAUCCGAGGGUACAGAAGGAGUUGUCUGACUGGAUGAACUGGUUGAAGUCUGAAAUCGGAUUCGUAGGGUGGCAGUUUAGUUUCGCGAAUGGUUAUGCUCCUAACAUUACCAAAAUCUACAUGGAAAAUACUUCUCCGGACUUCGCGGUUGGCGAGAAAUGGGACCCCCUUUCUCUGGGACAAGGUGGUCCAGACGCUCAUCGCAGGGCAUUGAAAGAUUGGGUCAAUUCUGCUGGUGGAUCUGUCGCGGCAAUUGACUUCACGACAAAGGGGGUUCUUCAGGCUGCCGUACAAGGCGAGUUGUGGCGGCUGAAGGACUCCAACGGAAAGCCACCAGGACUAAUCGGAAUUUUGCCGCAGAAUGCUGUCACUUUUAUUGAUAACCAUGACACUGGGUCCACACAAAAGAAGUGGCCUUUCCCCUCUGAUAAAGUCAUGCAGGGAUAUGCUUAUAUUCUCACCCACCCAGGGAUCCCCUCAAUUUUUUAUGAUCAUUUCUUCGAUUGGGAUUUGAAGGAGAAGAUUGGGAAUUUGGUGGCAAUCAGGAAAAGGAAUGGGAUCAACACAACUAGUUCAGUUAAUAUUCUGGUAGCUGAUGCUGAUCUCUACGUGGCUGCUAUUGAUGAGAAAAUCAUGGUGAAGAUUGGACCGAAGAUGGAUCUUGGAAACCUUAUUCCCUCCAAUUUCCAACUUGCUACCACCGGAACCAACUAUAGUGUAUGGGAGGAGGGACGGAGCCAGAAAUUUUUUUGUCAAUUAUUUAUUAGUUCAUAUUAGUAUAAUAUAUGCUUAUUUUUAUC